CUCUUAUAUCAUCUCUUUCUAAUCCCCCCACUGCGGUCGAAAGCUUCAAUGCGUAUGCCCUCUUCCUUAUCCCAAUAUCCCUGAGCUUACAUUCCUUUCCCACCUUUUAUUCCGCCCCGCCCCGCCCCUACAAGUCUCGCAAAAUCUUCUCUUCUGCUGCAGCUGUGCUCGUUGUAAAUAUCUAAGCUGAAAAAACUCGCGAAAAAAUGGCUCCAAGGAACAGCCGCGGAAAGGCCAAAGGGGAGAAGAAGAAGAAAGAAGAGAAAGUUCUUCCGGUGGUGAUGGACAUCACCGUGCACCUCCCAGAUGAAACUCGUGUUGUUCUCAAGGGGAUAUCAACAGACAGGAUCCUAGAUGUUCGUCGGCUACUAUCGGUGAAUACAGAGACCUGCAACAUCACAAAUUUCUCCUUAUCACAUGAGGUCAGAGGGCUGCGGUUAAAAGACACCGUCGACGUUUCGGUGCUCAAACCCUGCGUUCUAACCUUAACGGAAGAAGAGUACGAUGAAGAGAGCGCGGUGGGGCACAUUAGAAGGAUACUGGAUAUCGUGGCUUGCACCACGAGCUUUGGCUCAUCGGUCCCCGCCAAAAAUCAGCCGAAGUCCGAAGCCGGCAAGAAUGUGGCGGUUGCGCCGGAAAAAGGCGGUGCAGCGGCUAAGAAAAUCGUCUCCGGUUUGAAUAAGGAAUCAUCUCCGAAAUCUUCAACGAAGGACGCGCCGGUAGAUCCAGAAGGAGAGAUGAACCAUUCUUGUCCUAACCUCGGCACUUUCUUCGAGUUUUUUUCCCUCUGUCAUCUCACUUCUCCUCUUCAGUUUAUAAGGAGGGCAACGAAGCGGCAAGUUGAGGAGAUCUCACGUGACGAUCAUCUCUUCUCCCUUGAUGUUAAACUUUGCAAUGGAAAACUGGUUCACGUGGAAGCACGCCGGAAAGGUUUUUAUAGCGUUGGGAAGCAGCGGAUUCUUUGUCACAAUCUUGUUGAUUUGUUACGCCAACUUAGUAAAGCUUUUGAUAAGGCAUACAGCGAGCUCAUGAAAGCAUUUUCGGAACGUAACAAGUUUGGGAAUCUUCCUUAUGGCUUCAGAGCGAAUACCUGGCUUGUACCUCCAAUUGCAGCGCAAUCACCAUCGAAUUUCCCGCCUCUUCCUAUGGAGGAUGAAACGUGGGGUGGUAACGGAGGCGGUUUAGGAAGAGAUGGCAAAAGUGAUUCGAUACCUUGGGCCUAUGAGUUUUCAGUUAUAGCAUCUAUGCCCAGCAAGACAGCAGAGGAGAGACAAAUACGGGACAGGAAAGCAUUUCUUCUUCACAGCCUAUUUGUAGACUUGGCAAUUAUCAGAGCCAUCAAGGCUGUGAAGCAUGUAAUGGAGAAGCUGGAUCCCAGUUCAAUAAAACAUUGUGAAGCUUUGUACACUGAGAGAGUGGUUGAUUUGAAUAUUAUGGUAAUGAAAGAUGCUUCCAGUGCAAACAGUAAGGUGGACACUAAGAUUGAUGGAAUUCAAGCCACUGGAGUAGAUCGAACGAAUUUGCGAGAAAGAAACUUAUUGAAAGGGAUCACAGCUGAUGAAAACACGGUUGCACAUGACACUUCCACUCUUGGUGUACUAAAUGUGAGAUACUGUGGCUAUAUUGCCUUUGUGAAAGUUGAGGGGAGAGAGAAUGUGAAAAGCAGUCGACCAUCACAAAGCAUUGAACUUGAACAGCCUGAAGGCGGGGCCAAUGCCCUCAAUAAUAACAGUUUGAGAUUCCUCCUCCAUAAAGCAUUACCUUCAGAGCUUAAUAUUGCUUCUCCUCCACGAGUUUUGGAACAUGAAGAACUUAGUUCUCCCCAAGUUUCAAUAGAGAGACUGCUGGAAGAAAGUCUGACUAAGCUUGAGGAAGAGGAGCUCGAACAGAAACCUUUUGUGAGAUGGGAGCUAGGAGCCUGCUGGAUACAACACUUGCAGGACCAAAAUAGUACACAAAAAGAUAAAAAACCAUCUGGGGAGAAGCAUAACAAAGAGAUGAAGCUCGGGGGUCUUGGGACACCUCUUAGGUCCCUCAAAAACAAGAAAAAAUCAGAUGGCAAUAUAGGGUCUGGAAACUCAAACUCUCAUCCAGAUGAUCUUGAAAACGUUACAGCAGCUUCUAUAGAAUCGCAGCUUGAAACCAGUUCAAGAGAUGAUGAACUUGAGCUGAAGAAGAAAUUAUCUGAAGAGGCCUUUGCUCGACUAAAAAAAUCAGAGACUGGACUUCAUCGCAAGUCUUUACAGGAAUUAAUUGACUUGUCUCAGAAAUAUUACACUGAAGUUGCUCUUCCAAAACUGGUUGCGGAUUUUGGUUCUUUGGAACUCUCUCCAGUUGAUGGCCGAGCUCUGACUGAUUUUAUGCAUACUAGAGGUCUUCAGAUGCGUUCCCUUGGACAUGUUGUGAAGCUAUCAGAAAAGCUAUCACAUGUGCAGUCACUUUGUAUUCAUGAGAUGAUUGUUCGGGCAUUCAAGCAUAUUCUGCAGGCAGUGAUUGCCACUGUCGUUAAAACUGAUAAACUGGCUUUAUCAAUAGCUUCAGCACUGAACCUGAUGCUUGGAGUUCCUAGGAAUGGAGAACUACACAAGUCUUGCAAAAUCCAUUCCCUGGUGUGGAAGUGGUUGCAGGUCUUCUUGAUGAAGCGAUAUGAAUGGGAUAUUAGCAACUUAGACUUCAAAGACAUUAGAAAAUUUGCAAUUCUACGCGGAUUAUGCCAGAAGGUAGGAAUUGAGUUGGUUCCGAGGGAUUUUGACAUGGAUACUCCUAGCCCAUUCCAACCAUCAGAUGUUGUCAGCCUGGUUCCUGUGCAUAAGCAAGUGGCGUGCUCAUCUGCUGAUGGAAGACAACUUUUAGAAUCAUCUAAAACAGCCUUAGAUAAGGGAAAACUCGAAGAUGCAGUAACUUAUGGAUCAAAGGCUCUUUCUAAGCUAGUAGCAGUUUGUGGUCCAUAUCAUCGAAUGACAGCUGGAGCUUACAGCCUUCUUGCUGUAGUUUUAUAUCACACUGGAGACUUCAAUCAGGCCACAAUAUACCAGCAAAAAGCCUUGGAUAUCAAUGAGAGAGAACUCGGACUAGACCAUCCAGACACAAUGAAGAGUUAUGGAGAUCUUGCUGUCUUCUAUUACAGGCUUCAGCAUACAGAACUUGCUCUUAAAUAUGUAAAGCGAGCUCUGUAUCUUUUACAUCUUACUUGUGGGUCAUCUCAUCCAAAUACUGCUGCAACAUACAUAAAUGUAGCGAUGAUGGAAGAAGGCCUGGGCAACGUGCAUGUUGCCCUUAGAUAUCUUCACAAAGCUUUGAAGUGUAACCAAAGGUUGCUUGGUCCGGACCAUAUUCAGACAGCAGCAAGUUAUCAUGCUAUAGCAAUUGCGCUUUCAUUGAUGGAGGCAUACCCUUUGAGUGUCCAACACGAACAAACAACCUUGCACAUUCUCCGUGCAAAGCUGGGCCCAGAUGAUUUACGUACCCAGGAUGCUGCUGCAUGGCUUGAGUACUUUGAGGCCAAGGCAUUUGACCAGCAAGAAGCUGCUCGAAAUGGUACUAAAAAGCCAGAUGCAUCCAUAGCUAGCAAGGGCCAUUUAAGUGUAUCUGAUCUGCUCGACUACAUUAAUCCAAAUCAUGAUGCCAAAGGGAAAUAUGUUGCAGCAGGAAAGAGAAGAAGCUACAUUAUGAAGGUGAAAGAAAAACUCCAUCUUUCAAGUUGUGAGGCUUCAGCUAUUGAGGGUGAAAACAAGGCUUCAGAUGAAGAGACACGUGUAUAUGAACCAGAAGAUAAACCAGAUGCUGACCAAGUGGUGAGCUCUUUGCCAGUACAGUCUCAGGCUCCUGUUGCAGAAGAGACAACAGAGGCAAGACCGGACUUCGAUAAUCGCAUUCAAUCUGAAUCGCAUGCUGAAGGGGACGAAGGGUGGCAACACGUUCAAAGGCUAAGAGCAUCUGUCUCUCUGGGGAGGAGACUAAAGCAGAGACGAGCAACUAUAGGCAAGGUUUUCAGUUCACAGAAAAAGAACGUUGAUCCUGAUAUGGAACUUCCUCUAGUCAAUGCCAAUCAUCAAAAUACUAGGUAUUACCGUUUAAAGAAACGGAUAAUAUCUCAUGGAGGUCAUGUGGAGCAGCACACUAUUAAUCCCACCCAAGUUUCAAAGUUUGGAAGGAGAAUAAAUAGAACUGUUACAUACAGGGUUAAGUCCACUUCAUCUACUGAAAGUUCAACUGAAAUAUCUAGAAAUGGAGGUGAGGUGUUUAAUUCUCCUAGGGAUUUAGCUUCUACCUUAGCACCUAAUGAUCACUGUCCAAUCACAAAUUCUAUAGUCAGUCUUGGGAAAUCUCCUUCAUACCAGGAAAUAGCGUUGGCCCCUCCGGGUAGUAUCUCCAAAUUGCAUUUCAGGCCUGAAACUAAUUUUGUUGAUAACCCAGACUUCAACAUUGAAAAAUCUCGAGAGGAAAUGAAUGAAACAAAUGAAAACUUUGAGCAGUUGACUACGGGGAUGGAAAACAUAUAUGAAAAGAAGAGAGAGAACAAUUUACUGGAUUUAACAGAUACCCCAAAAGAGGAAAUCGUAGUUGAAAACAAGGAUGAAAAUAUGCCAACUGCUGUGAUGGAAGAUAACUCUUCUUUGACGGUGCCCAAGAGAGUGGAGGGACAAGACCUUGAAACCGGUCAUCAUGAGGUUCAUGAAGCUGUAGAGGAUGGCAUAUUCCUAAAAGGCAUGCCAGAUUCAAUUGAUUCUCCCAAAAAGGAACUCUGUGAGAAUGAUUUACCUGGAAGUUUUGAAACCCGCAGUAAUUCAAACUCCACAUUACAAGGGGUAGAAGAAUUGAAUGGCAAACCCUUAGUUCUAAAUUCUGAUAAUUGUCAGGGACUUGCUAAUAAAAAGUUGUCUGCAUCUGCAGCUCCUUUCAACCCAUCAACGUCCAUUUCACGUACUGCUCCACUCCUCUUGAACAUCACCCUUCCUCCUCCUAGACCUGUUCCGGCGGUAGCACCCUGGGCAGUUAACAUGCCUCUUCACUCUGCACUACCUACUGUCUUACCGAAUCCAAUAUGCUCCUCCCCUCAUCAUCCAUAUGCAUCACCUCCUCCAACUCCAAGCAUGAUGCAGUCUCUAUCCUUUAUAUAUCCAUCCUAUACUCAAUCCCAACCUGUACCAACAAUGACCUUUCCUGUAACUACCGCUCCUUUUCAUCCCAGUCAAUUCUCAUGGCAGUGCAAUGUGAACCCCCGUGUACCUGAGUUCAUUCCUGGAGCAGUUUGGCCUGGUCAUCCAAUGGAGUUCUCUGUACCAUCACCAAUUGUUGAGCACAUUUAUGAUCGGAUGUUGGAGCCGAAAGUGCAAGGUGAUGAUAUAAACCCAACUUCAGCGCCAAUGCUACCACUGGAUAUUAAUACUAUCGAAGAAGCUAAGAGAGACGUCAACAUUUCAGCAUCUGAGGCAAUAAAUAGUGUUAAGGAAGUAACUGGAGUUGGUUUGGAAAGCAUACAGGAAAAUGGUUGCUUGAAUCAAGAUAUGAUAGAUAACUCUGAGAACAUGCUGAGCCAAAUCACCAACCCACACAGUAUGGCUGAAGGCAAUGCUGAAAGGAAGACUGAUGGUGAGAAAACCUUCAGCAUUUUAGUAAGGGGUAGAAGAAACCGAAAGCAGACAUUGUGAAUGCCAAUCAGUUUACUUAGUCGACCAUAUGACUCACAAUCUUUUAAAGUUAUAUACAUCAGAGUCGUCAGGGGGAGUGAAUCUCCAAAAUCUACUGGCUUUUGUUCAAGUGAAAGUUGUACAUCUACUGCUACAUAGCUGAAAGCUCUAUUUCUUGCAAAGCAGGAUUGUCAGGAUCAGGGUAGAAGAAACGAACUUUGAUCAAUCAUACGAAAGGCAAAGGCAUAUCUUUUUUGCUUCAUGGUAACAAAUGGAAAUGCCCUUUGGAUUUAUGAUCUAAAUGCAGAUUCUGUAGAUUUGAAUUUCUUCUUGAUUCAGCUGAAAGUAUGAACAAGGAAAGAAGUGGCUUUUCAAAUCAGGUAUUGUCACUUCAGUUUCUUUAUGUGGUCUUUUUGCUGAUUAAAAAGUUGUGGAAAACCAUCUGAUUAAGUAGAGCGCUGUUGAAGUGACAAUUUUGGUGUAUACUUGAGUUAGGAUAUUUAUUAGAUCUUGGAUCACAGAAUAUUGAAGUCUGCUUUUAUCUUCUUUUAGUUUUUUGCCAUAUCAGUUGACAUAGAUAAUCCAUUUCUUUCAACUGUAUGACUUCAA